AACCUAAUUCUCUUUGAAAGGUAAAGUGAAAUUGUUUUCUCGCGAUCUAAGUGAAUGGUUUCUAUUCCAAAAUUAUACGAAUUUGAAUCCGUUUAUGGUGCUGGAAAGGAGCCUAAAAGUUGUGUGAGUGUUUCGUUUGUAUGUUAGCAAUCGAAUGUGCAUCAUCUGAAUCGGACUCAAAUACACAAAAGACUUUGUCUGUCACUAUCAAUCGUAAAUAUUUGCUAUUGGAACUGUACACAGAAGACAUCCUUGAACGUGGAUCUAUAUAAGGAAAUUGCUAAGAAAAUAUGUCAUUGAAACCAAAAAACGUGAAUUUCGACGAAACAUGGCAAAGUCUGCGAGAAACUGUGAAAGAAGUGAUCACAUUAGCACAGGUGGAUCGAAGUAUUUGGAAUCACCGUUUCGGUGAUGUGUAUGCGUUGUGUGUGGCGUAUCCAGUACCGUUCGCCGACAGACUUUACCAGGAAACAAAACAGUUCUUGGAAAAUCAUGUGCAGAAUUUCUUAGCCACACAAGUUGCCCCGCCUGGGCGGAUAGAUGAGGAUAGCGGCGCUAAUGAUGUUACUGGUUCAUUGUUGCAACGAUAUUAUACCGCUUGGAAUGAGUACAGCAAAGGGAUUUCAUAUCUCAACUAUUUAUACCAGUAUUUAAAUCAACAACACAUAAAAAAGCAACGAAUGUCCGAAGCGGAAAUAAUCUACGGCAACGCCAGCUUAGAAACACAAGAACUGAUGGAAAUCGGCGAACUGGGCCUGGACAUAUGGCGAGUGUAUAUGAUACAGUCGUUAGGCGAUGAAUUGGUCAAACAAAUUCUGAACGGAAUUAAAGAAGAUCGAAUCGGUUCCAAUUUCAAUCCGUCAUUCGACGAGGUGUUACGCGGCUCGAUUCAUAGUUUCGUGCAAGUCCAAGACUACCAGAAGAAAGGCAAUCUGAAAAUGUACCAGGAAUUGUUCGAAACGCCGAUGCUGGAAGCAAGCGGCGAAUUUUAUAGGGUCGAAGCGUUUAAACUGCUGCAGACAUGUUCGGUUAGUCAAUACAUGGAAGAAUUGAUCAAAAAAUUGGAGGAUGAGAACAAGCGAGCUCAAAAAUAUUUACACAACAGCUCCAUAUCGAAACUGCGAAAACAAUGUGAAGAACGAAUGAUCACCGACCAUUUGGACUUCCUAUAUUCGGAGUGUAAAGAGAUGGUUUCGCAAGAGAAGCGCGCCGACUUGAGCAAUAUGUACAUCUUACUGAAACCGAUUCCGGACGGUUUAAAAAAUCUCAUCCAAAUAUUCCUCGAUCACAUCAAAAACGAAGGCACCGAAACGAUUUCGACGCUGAAAGGGGAAAAUAUUCAUAUUCAAUUCGUCGAAAAUAUGCUUCAAGUCCACCACAAAUACGAACAAUUGAUUGCUCACACAUUUAAGAAUGACCCGCUGUUUUUGAGUGCGCUGGACAAGGCGUGCGCUAGUGUUAUUAACAAACGAAUGAAUGAGAAACAGGCGUGUCGAAGUGCCGAAUUGGUCGCCAAAUAUUGUGAUAGCCUUCUGAAAAAAUCGAAAAGCACUGAAAACGAAAUCGACAGCAAGCUGACCAACAGCAUCACCAUAUUCAAGUACAUCGAGGACAAAGAUGUUUAUCAGAAAUUUUACAGUAGAAUGUUGGCGAAACGGUUGAUACACGAACUGUCGCAAAGUAUGGAUGCUGAAGAAGCGAUGAUAAAUCGGCUAAAGCAAGCCUGCGGCUAUGAAUUCACAAACAAAUUGCAUAGGAUGUUCACGGACAUAUCGGUAUCGACCGAUCUGAACAACAAAUUCAAUAGUUAUCUGAAAGAAACGUGCGGUGAAAUAGGUGUUAAUUUGUCAAUAAAAGUGCUCCAGGCUGGUGCUUGGCCGUUAGGUCCCACUCAGGUUGUUAUCCCGUUCUCCAUACCGCAGGAGUUCGAACGGUCCAUUCGAAUGUACGAAAACUUUUACCACCUAAACUUCAACGGCCGUAAAUUGACCUGGCUGCACCAUUUGUGUCACGGAGAACUGAAAACGUCGUACCUCAACAAGGAGUACAUUAUCAUAAUGCAAACGUAUCAGAUGGCAAUGCUGCUGUUGUUUGAAUCAAUCAAUCAAAUGACUUGUAAAGAGAUGCAGGAAACUCUGCAAUUGAACGCGGACACUUUCCAGAAACAUUUGCAGGGAUUGCUGGAGGCGAAAUUAUUAAUUGCUUCGUCCGAAGCACUCGAUGACGACACCGAAGUUAAAUUGAAUUUGGACUAUUCAAAUAAGCGAACAAAGUUCAAAAUCACAGCUGCUCUCCAAAAAGAAACCCCACAAGAAGUCGAACAUACGCUGAGUUCAGUCGACGAUGACCGGAAAUUGUAUCUUCAGGCGGCAAUUGUGCGAAUAAUGAAAUCGAGAAAGAUUUUGAAACAUAACGCUUUGAUCCAGGAGAUAUUAUCGCAAUCGAGAGUCAGCUUUGCGCCCAGCAUUCCGAUGAUAAAAAAAUGCAUCGAAUCGCUCAUCGAUAAACAGUAUAUUGAACGAACUCCGAGCGCCGGCGAUGAAUACAGUUAUGUGGCCUAGAGGCUUCGGCCGCUGGAAUCGAAUAUCGAACAGUGACAAUUCACAAAAUGUUUGUGGAGAGUGGAGGCACGCACACACACACACACACCAGUUCAUUACUUUUUUAAGCCAAAAAACCAACAAAAUCAUUGAAAAUGACCGAGAUGAAAAAAGAAAUUUAUUUUGUUACGGAAAAUGUGAAGAAAUUUGAAUCUCCGCAAAAUUAUGGAAUAACAAGAAGCAAAAAGAAAAAUGGAAGCAAAAGUUUUAAAGGUUUUGUAGUCGUUUUGAAUAAAUUAUGCCACAGGAGAACAUCGCAUGUGGAUGUUUUUGAUUUUCAAUUUAAA